CCCCGCCGGCACGCCUCACCCGCGAGGCCGUCGCUGUCGCGAUGACAUAGCAGGCGCAUGCGCGCUCUGUCGUCGGUGCUGAGGUGCUGAGGCGCUGAGGGGUCCGUGGGUGGAAGGCUUUUGUUAGCAUUUUUAGAGUCAUCAGCACCUUCUGACUGGGAAAAGAUGGUCAACGUCUUGAAAGGAGUGCUUAUAGAAUGUGACCCUGCCAUGAAGCAGUUUCUGCUGUACUUGGACGAGUCAAAUGCCCUCGGGAAGAAGUUCAUCAUUCAGGACAUUGAUGACACUCAUGUCUUCGUAAUAGCAGAGUUGGUUAAUGUCCUCCAGGAGCGAGUAGGCGAAUUAAUGGACCAGAAUGCCUUUUCUCUUACCCAGAAGUGAAAAUAUUAGCUACUGACCUCUCGGGAAUUAAAAGUAACAAGUGCGAGAGACUGUCA